AAUGUGUCAUGCAAUGAAUGGCAGAGAUCUCAUAUUUCAUUCCACCUCAGCCGCUUUCAGCAUUCAACACACCAGCCAAAUUGCUCCUUCCAAAAGCUAAGGCUUUGUCAUCCAAUCAAUUCUACAAGAACAACAAAAUCCUCAUAAACCCUCGAUUUCUGAUGGUUCAAGCUUCUCCAUCAUAUCUUUGAUAUCCUACAAGCCGUCUUUUGCACAAAAUUAUGCCAUGGAGGCCCUCAAUGCAGCGAGCUUGACACCUCUCUCAGUUCUUUGUGAGAGAAGAGCAGAGACCAGAAAAGUGUCGUCACUCUCAAUUGCUUCACCACCCAAACUUCCAACUUCUGCAGCUUUUAUUAAGACCACACCAACUCUGCAGGAGUGUUUGUCAAGAAGCUUGCAUAGGGGUGUAGUGCUGCUGUCUUCCGUUCUUACCAGUGGUGUUGCUAAAGCUUUAUCAUACGAGGAAGCACUGCAGCAGACUAAGGACUUCUCCUCGUCAUUUGGUCUCGAUUCAAAUGGGGUUGUUGAUAGUGUUGUCAGUUUUGUAACCGAGAAUCCUACAGUUGUAGCCGGCGGUGCUGUUGCUUUGGCAGUUCCAUUAAUUUUGUCUCAGCUGUUGAAGAACCCGAAGCCAUGGGGAGUUGAGUCUGCAAAGAGUGCUUAUGCCAAGCUGGGUGAUGAUGCCACGGCUCAGUUGCUUGAUAUAAGAGCGAUCAAGGAGUUUAGAGAAGUUGGUAGUCCUGAUGUAAGGGGUUUUGGUAAGAAGCCUAUGUCAAUUACCUUUAAUAUCGAAGACAAACCAGGGUUCUUAAAAAAGCUGUCUUUGAAAUUCAGGGAACCAGAAAAUACGACCUUGUUCGUCAUAGACAAAUAUAAUGGGAACUCCGAACUGGUUGCGGAAUUAGUCGCUGCAAAUGGAUUCAAAGCUGCUUAUGCAGUAAAAGAUGGCGCAGAAGGACCACGAGGAUGGAUGAAUAGUGGUCUUCCUUGGAUACCACCAAAGAAAGGGCUUGACCUUAGCAAUUUGACAGAAACAAUUACCGGGGCCUUUGGAGAGGGAUCAGAUGGCCUCUCUGUUACACUAGGGAUCGCUGCAGCUGCUGGAUUGGGCUUCUUGGCAUUUUCAGAGUUAGAAACAAUACUUCAACUUCUGGGCUCAGCUGCUAUUGUUCAGCUUGUGAGCAAGAAACUCCUAUUUGCAGAGGACCGAAAGCAAACUCUUCAACAAGUUGAUGAAUUUUUAACCACAAGGAUUGCUCCUAAUGAAUUUGUUGAUGAGAUAAAGCAAAUUGGAGUGGCCUUACUACCAACGACUACCACAGGCAAGGCUCUUCCUUCACCUACCGAGGCUAAAUCGCAGCCGAGAGUAGAAGCAGCAGCAGAACCACCUCCUCAAAUCAAUUCGGUACCUACAACGGAAGCCAAGGCAGAUGAACCCUCUGGAUUUCCAAGACCACUUUCACCAUAUGCUUCUUAUCCAGAUUUGAAGCCUCCAACAUCUCCUACUCCAUCACAGCCCUAGAUUUCAGAAUUCCGUUGAACUCUGUAUGGAUUUCUACUGCAAGCAACUGUUUGGAAGGGCACUUUCAAAGCUAUCCAGUGAGUUGUGUAAUCUAGCCUCCUGUUAAAUGGUUUUCCAGCUCACAUAAUGAUUUUUGGAUCAAGAAACUAGUAAAAAGGGGAAGAGGAGAACCACUCCAAAAUAUAUAUAUAUAUAUGUGUGCAAAGCAUAAUAUUUUUCUGCCUAGAUAUCUUGUUGCUGUCUUCUAUGCUACUCCAUUUCGCUAUGUUGUAAUUAUAAGGUAUCUUGUAGAUGUUGCUGUGUGAUUUAGCUUAUCUGAAAGUAUGUCUUUUAGCCUUUGAUGUGGAUGUUCAA